UAUUUCCACCAUUCACUUUUCAUUUUCCGGACUAAAAAUAAUAAUUAUAAUUAACUUUUUUUUAACCAUGGGUCGCAAUCGUUCGGAUAGGGAUCGUUCUCGGGGUGACCCAUCGUCGCCGCGCCACCGUCCCACGCGCUCCAACACCAUCUAUAUGCUCAAGUCCCGUUUGCAGCGCCGUCCGGGUCGUCCUCGCUCGUCCUGGGACAUUCCGCCGGAGGGCUACGCCCACCUCAAUCCGAUCCAGUACAAGGCCAUGCAGGCGAGCGGCCAGAUAGCCUCGCGAAUUGUGCCAGAGCAGCCCUUGGGGGAGUCUGCUGCCAUAGCGAUGGUCACACGGCAGGCACGUCGCCUGUAUGUGGGCAACAUACCCUUUGGCAUCACCGAGGUGGACAUGAUGGACUUCUUUAACCGGCAGCUCAAGGCCCUGGGACUGAACAAGCUGAACGGGGACGGCAAGGCGGUGCUUACGUGCCAGACCAAUCUGGAGAAGAACUUCGCCUUCCUCGAGUUCCGGUCGAUGGACGAGGCCACCCAGGCCAUCAAUUUCGAUGGCAUCAACUUUCGCGGACAGAACCUGAAGAUCCGACGGCCCCACGACUAUCACCCGGUGGCCUCCGUCAGCUGCAACGAGGAGUACGACAAGCCCCUGACCACUACCACCAACGCCUAUCCUCCGAUUGCUGUCACUUCCCUGUCGAGUAGCAACAUCUCCAGCUCUGUGCCGGAUUCCCCGAACAAGAUCUACAUCGGGGGUCUCCCCUCGUGCCUGGAGGAGCCGCAGAUCAAGGAGCUGUUGCUCUCCUUUGGCCAUCUGCGGGGCUUCAAUUUGAUCAAGGACUCGGUGACCAAUCUGAGCAAGGGCUAUGCCUUCUUCGAGUACAUUGACACCUCGGUCACGGACCAGGCCAUCGCCGGCCUGAACGGCAUGCAGCUGGGGGAGCGCAAGCUGGUGGUCCAGCGUUCGAUAGCCAGUGGAAAAAUCGUGGCCAAUGCGCCGGUGCCUGUGCUUCAGGUGCCGGGACUGAACGCCUCCUUCCUCACCACCGGCACACCCACCGAGGUGCUCUGCCUGCUCAACAUGGUCCUGCCCGAGGAGCUGCUGGACGACGAGGAGUACCAGGACAUUCGCAAUGACAUCCAGCUGGAGUGCGCCAAGUACGGCGAGGUGCGCAGCCUCAAGAUCCCGCGGCCCGUUGGCAAGUCGCACUCGCCGCAAGGUUGUGGCAAGGUCUACGUCCAGUUCGAGUGCGUGGCGGACUGCGAGAAGGCCCUGAAGGCGCUCACGGGACGCAAGUUCAGCGGACGCAUCGUAAUGACUGCCUACUAUGAUCCCGAGAAGUACCAGGCCGAUCAAUUGCAAUAAAUAAUGAAUAAUAAUCGCA